AUGACGGCCGGGAGAAUGGCACUGUCACAAGAGUGGAAAGUCAACACUCCGCAUAAGGUGACAGCACAGAAAGGUUCCUGCACACAGAUUCCAUGCUAUUACACUUAUCCUUCACGUAUGGCAAAACACCAACGAGUCGGAAUCUAGUUUAAUAAUGAGGACAAUGUUAUAUCGUCGAUAGCCUUUCACUCCCGGCAUCACAGUCGAGAGUCAGCUCAGUUCCGCCAUCAGAUCCGUUUGUCUGGAGACCUGGAAGAUGGAGACUGUUCCCUGAUUAUAGAGAACAUCAGACAGGAAGAUGCAGGAUCUUAUUUUUUCAGAGUACAAUUUGAGAGAAAUAUUAAUCACAGCUACUUUCCAGCAACCAAGCUUCAUGUUUCUGAUUUCACAGAUAAACCCAUGAUAUUCCCUGUGGAAAUUAUCGCAGGAAAGCGCGUGGACCUAAGUUGCACCUUCAACACAACGUGCAAUGGAACAGCUCCUGCCUUAACCUGGGACACGCCCAGUGCCGUACCUGGAUCAGCCUCAAACACUGUAACUCAGCAUGGUGUCACUCUGACCUAUACUUCUGUUCUGAGCCUCACCCCAUCACCAAGACACCAGGGACAAACUCUCACCUGCAGAGUGAGUUAUCCAACUGUUUCUUCAGAGCAGACCCUCGUACUGACAGUGCAAUACGAACCACGGAAUCUUUCAAUUAUCUCUCCUGCUGUGAUUAAAGGUUCAUCAAUCAAUAUAAUUGAGGGGAAUUCUGCAGUGAUAAUCUGCUCUGUCAUGAGCCUCCCAGCUUCUAACCUGACGUGGAAACAUCUUCAUGUCACAAUGAACAGAACAUAUUCUAACAAUGUGCUGUGGUUGGUCACCCCUCACGUUACGUACAGGAAGACUGGAGAAUAUCAGUGUAUAGCAGAGAAUAAACAUGGAGCAGAGGAGGGCUACCUAACCUUCAAUAAAGACAGACAGAAAUACAUGGAAUGGAAAGCAGGAUUGCUUGGAGCUGGAAUCACUUUGAGUGUUGGACUAAUUGGAUUCUUCAUCUUCAAGUGUGUGGGGAAAUGGAGAAGCACAAAAAGUGGCCAUUCAGACCAAGGAGGCAAUUUUGGCAAUAAAUCGCCAGGCGAGCAGUCUGACAGAUCCUCGGAUUGGGUUGAAAACUUCGUCGCCAUUGGCGCCAAAGGGCCAUUCCGGACGGUUGAUAACCAGAAAGGGCAGGAAAGUUUAAAUCUCCCGCGAGAGCAGCCGCUCCGCGUGCGAGGAAAGCCAACCGUCGUCUCUUACCCCGCCCCCUUACCGAUCCUGACCCUGCCCCCAGAUCUUGACCCCGCCCCCACGGUCCUGACCAUUUCCCCCGGCCGCUAG